CAACGGCCUCUCUAGAAUCCCAAAUAAUAAAUAGCACAUCACUUAGAGCGUGCCCAUUUUAAAAUAAUAUGACAAUAUCUACACUAACUAUCCCCACCGCUGAGCCGUCCAAUAUGGAGAGCACGUCUAUAUCAACUAUAUCGUCCACAGUUGUCACAGACGGCCUGUAUGGGCGGUAUUCACCUGGUUAUUUCCAUGCCAACCACUCGAAUGCAGCCGUAAGUGUAGGCGUGGUGACUGAUGUGGUGGCUCUGAGCAAUGCAGGUGUAAAUUUGGGCCUAGGGGCUGCAAAAGCCGGUGUCAUGUAUGGUUUCUGGUGGGCCAAAAUGGCAACGUACCUACCCCAGGCAGCCGUAAAGAUGAUGCAAGAAAGUAGUUAUUCUAAUGAUACUGAAGAGACCGAUACCUUAAGAGGCAAUGUUCAUCUUUAUAGUAUCGUGAGUAGUGCCCUGGGCGCCGCGAACGCUUUGGUAUCUACUGCCGAGAGUAUUACCCUAGGAAGUUUGGAGGCGAGCCAUAAAAUUACCACCGGGUCACUGAACAGCACCCAGAGCCUUUUGCGGAUGGCGGGAGCCCAUCAGGGCCACCUAUAUCAACUAGCUGGAAAUACAAUACUUGACAAACCUACUGCGCAGGUUUGUAUUUGA